UGGCGGGAAAUCGUUCCAGCUUCGUGAGCGUUCAUUGAGUACUCGACUGUGGGCUGUCUGGUGCUGGUGUUGCGCUGCUGUACUGUACAAGGUUGCCCAGACACACAGCUCAGUGAAGAAUUGUAUAUUGUUGUUUAUUGUAAAAGAAGAGUUGAAAAUGUCUUCACCGAUGACCAGUACGAUGUGGAUGGACGAGAGUGAAAUUCCACCUUUGAGCGAUUUUGAACCGUCACUAAUGACUACGGCGAUAUGUCCGAUGUCCGUAUUCGAUAAAUUCGGUUGGGAUAACGAUAUUCUAGGUCCCGACACCGACGAAUUGUUGGACAAGAUUUGCAUCAAAACCGAACCAGAUGAAAUGCUGGACGAUAAAAGUAACACGGAUUUCGGAUCAUUGAGCUCGAUAUUUCCCGAUUUGAUCGACGAUACGAAAAACAGCUUUGAUGUAGAUUCGCUGAAAUCGAUUCUAUCGCCGCUAAAGGAUGAUUGUAGUUUGAGUAUAUUCGACGACGAUAGUUUCGACGAUGUUGUCGUAAAAGAAGAAUCGUCGUUGUUCGACGACACAUUUAAAAAUCUUUCGAUGCCGAUGUCGAUGCCGGUACCGUUACACCAGAUUAAAGAAGAAGACCCGUUGGCCACCCCUAUCACCGCUACACCGGCCGCAAAUCCUACAUUAACGGCUGCCGUCGCCGGAAUCACCGAAGAGAAAGACGCCACCGUCAGUACCGCCGCGACGACGACCACGACUACCACCACCAGCAGUAGUAGCAGUAGUAGUAACCCCAUCACAAAUUCGAUCAUCAGGAUACCGGUAAAACGUAGUCCGAAUUCGAUAAAUGCCAAUUUUACCACGAAACCUGGCACCACCGGACGUACAGUUAAAGCCGUCGUCGUAUGCCCCGAUCGGUCGAAAAGUAUCGUAUGUAACGUCGUACGCAGCUCCAACAGCAAGAGCAUCGUUAUACAGAAACCAGCUGGCAGAAGUUUGCUGAGUAUAUACAACUCCGGUAACAACGGAUCGCAAAGAAACGAACCCAAAUUACCUAUCAAAGUCAACGUUAUCACACCGAAAGACGCAGCUUUCGCGAAAUUCAAACCAGCCGCCGCUGCGCUUAACAACAUCAACGCCGCUCUCGUGAAAAGCGAACCGGCCGAAAUCACGACGGAAACUACACCGAUUUCGACCACCAACCCUAUCAACAACCAUAUUAACACAGACGUUAAAGUCAAAAUGGAAUACGACGAAAUACGACCGGAAACACCGCAAAGUUUGAUCGGCUCGGAUGAAGAAUUCUUUCCAUUUUCGUCACCUUCCAAAGCAUCGAUUAAGAAUUUCGAUUUCCAAGAUAAUUUCAUGAGGUCGUGUUUGCUAGACGAGGAUAACUUGUGCAGCGAAUCGUACAAGUGUAUGCCUCCGGCCGAAGUUACCGGUCAAGUUCAGCCCUCUAUUCCUGAUGUUUUUAAAUACACACCGAACAGCAGUCCGACCAACAACAGUAGUGACGAUACGUUGGAUAACUUUUACUCUAAACUUACCCCGAAUACCACCAGUCAAAAUCAAUUUUACAACAAAGCCGCCGCUAACGUCGAUCACGACUACGGUUUCACCUGUCGUACGCCUAAAACCAACAGCGUCUUCUGUACCGAUAGCUUGGGUAUCCAGACUCCGUCUGCCUCCGAACCACCUACCGAUUCCGACGAAGACGAUGAUGUGAAUCUACUGAGCGAUUCAACUCUGUUGAACGAUUACGAGUGUGACGAAUUGGAUCGCGAACAAAAAGAAUACUUCGAGCAACUCAAACGUCAGCUGAAGAUGGCCGAAUUGGUGACCAAGCAUCGCGAUAAAGAUACAACCAAGAUAAAAACGACCGUAGGCAGCGGCGUAAAAGAGCGGAAAAUGCUAGCUCGAAAUCGGAAGCGGAAGUCGCCCUAUUCGAAGGAUAAAUCGAACAGCGAUCAUCACCAUCAUCAUAGCGAUACGAAAAUCAAAAUAUCGUUGACAUCGGCCAAAACCAACGGCGCCGCUGAUUCUACGAAAUUCUCAUCGUCGGCCAUCUCGACUACCGGUUUGUUAAAAGUACGUUUACCAGCGAAAGAUUCGAGCGCGCCAAAAAGAAGAAAAACUAGUUCCGGCGGACGUGUAUUUUCGCCGUCCGAAAGACAUCUACAUAAUACCAACGAGCAAGUUCGACGAAUCGAAAUGCGUCAAUCGUUCGAAGAGCUCAGACGUCUCAUACCUAAACUUUACGAUAAACCCAGAGCGCCCAAAGUUUCGAUAUUACAAGAAGCUAAAUCGUAUUGCGACGAAUUGUUCCGUAACGAUUGUAACAUACAGUCUCAAUUGGCCGCCAUGAAAUUACAACAAGAAAGACUUAGAAGCACGUUGUCGCAGUUGAGAAGAAGUAUAGCAGCGUCCAGAUAUUAAGUGUUAUUAUAAUGUAAUUUUAUUGGAGAGUAAUGUCAUUCAGAAGAGAGGAAAACUACGUUUUUGUCACUGUAUUUUGUUUUUUUCUCUUCUUUUUAAUUUUUACUUUUUUUUUUGGUCUUUUCCUCCUCAUGUGUUUUUUUUCUUUCUAUUUUCGUAUAUGUACUACGUAUUUUUGUUAUUUGUUCUCGUAAGACUGUUUUAAGCUCAAUUUUUUUUCUUUUCUUUUUUUUUGUUUUUUUCUCCCUGUUUAUCGUAUUUCACAGACGGUAUCUUCAAUCAAGUUAAUUUAUUAUAAUCCAUAUUCUCGAGUUCGUCUCUAGAAUAGUACGCACACUCUGUUUCUUAUUUUCUUUCGUGUAUUUGUACUUCUAGUCCGAAAAAUACCACCUUAAAAAGUCGACGAGGGAUAAUUCUCAUCGUCUGCUUUUUUGGUUACUUAUUUUUUAUUUUAUUCUCCCUUUCGGAACAUACUAAUUUAUUACGAUAGAUAGAAAACAAUACAAAAAAAAAACGAGUAAGUCGGAACAUAACGAGUUUAAAUACCAUACAUAAUGCAGUGUUCAAGUAUACAUUGAUAUUUUUUUAAGGUUUAAUAUUAUAUGAAAUUAUUAUAUUAAAUUAAGGUAGCGCUGUUUGUGAUAUUAAUGUAAGUCUUCCACAGCCAGUAACGUGAAUUUACAAUUAUUUUUACAAUUUUCACGUUAUUUUUAACGUGGAAAUUUUUUUUUACAUUUCUUACGUACCUGAACGCUAUAUUAUAUAUAUAUUUUUUUAAUCUUUAUGUAAGCGGAUAUUAUUAUAUUUUUAUUCGUAUGUUAUUGAAAAAAAAAAGUUAUUUUUAUUCGAUUAUAUUUUUUUCCCAUCGAAAACGAUGAUGGAAAUAACGAGAACGUGUUUUUUUUGUUUGACUUUUACUCUGGAAAUUAUUAAUAUUCGAUAUUGUAAAUACCUUUAUCUAUCUAUUCGAAGAUCUAGAUUUAUUUUUUGCGAAUUUUUUUUCUGUCUUUUUAAGCGUAAUUUUAUUCUACGAGUGCGAAAUUUUUUUUGAAAAUUUUCGAUCGCGAAUUCAUCUUGAUCGAUUUUUGACGAACUUUCUUAAAAAUUUUAAAUAGAAUUGGAAAAUUUUUUAUCAACGUCGAUAAAUUUAUUUUAAGAAGAUAUCGUUUGUGAAAUUUUUUUUUGAGCCUGCUAUUGGAGAUUACGAUGUAGUUUAUUAGUUGUUUAUCCGCUGUGAUGAGAUGCUUCUUUAGGUAUUUUCUUUUAUGAAGUGCGUUGACCUAUAAUAAACCUAUACUGUGAUGUACAAAAGAUGAAUAAUUUAAUUCAACAGUGCAUAUGCGAACGUUCGAGUCGUCAUUUGUAUAUAACAUUUUGAUUUAUCGUACUAUUAUUCUAUUUCGGUAGAACUAUCUAGUACUAUUUUUAUUUUGUAAAUUUAUAGUCCAGUGUACCUCAAGUAUAAUUUUUUGUUUAAAUUUUUAUUUUUCUUCGUUACAUUUUAUUUUCAUUUAUUCUUUUUUUUUCUUUUUGUUUUACUUUUUUUUUCUUUAUGAUAAACUGUACAAUGCGAGUCUGUGUUCACAAUAUUGAGAUGUAGGUAGUUUUUUUUAAUUUUUUUUUUCUUUCGUUUCAUCGAUAAUAUUUCUUAUACUUUUUAGGAUUAUAACAGUUGAUCAUUAUUUUUUUCUUUGGAUUAACGAUUUUAAUUUUAUACUAUGAAAUAAUAUUAUUACAAGUCUACGUUUACGAUAUAGAUUUAAAAAGAAAUAUACAACGCUUUAAUGUACCAGUUUUUUGUUCAUCUUUUAUUAUUUUUUUUUUUUACGUAUAAAUUGGAAUUAUUGUUUUUUCAUUUUUUUUCAUUCGUGUUUUGGUGACAAACUAGGGACUGUAAUAACUUCCGAGGAGUGUGAAGAGUAAAUGAAUAAUAUUUCUCAGAGAGUGAAUAAAUUGUUCGAAGGAGAAUAAGUGACGAAGAGAAUGAAUAAUAUGUUUACGAAGAGACUAUUACGAAAUUUAUUAUUUUUUUUGGGUAAUAUUGAGUUCUUUUUUUUACAAUUCCGUAAAAUCAGUUACCAAUAAACGCUUUACUAUUUGCUAGGUUUUUAUAACGUGUAUAUUAAUUUUUAUUAUGAUACCUAAUUUUUAAUCGAUAUCAUUUUCUUUUUUCUUUUUUUUUUUUUUUAGUAUGCGUGUAACCUUUUUGGAAUUUUUUUUUACUAAUGUUAUUUUUUCUACGAAUUCACUGGUUCCCAUCCCCUGUUUUGGUAAUUGAUGAAAACGAAAUAAUGUGAGGAAGUCGAUUUUUUAUAACAGUAGUCUGUUAUAUUGUAUAAGGCAAAGUUUGUAAUUAUGACUGGCACUUUUUAAAUGUUUUCGUUGUUUUCAUUAAUGAUUAUCCAUGAUCAUGGAUUUAAAUGUACAUUGGUGCCAUUUUUGUUUUUGUUCUUUUUUUUUGUAUCUUUCAAAAGCUGAUAACUUGCAUUUUUUUCUAUAUUUUUUGUUUUUUCUUUUCUUUUUUUCCUAAGUUAAAAUCUUGUAUAUAUCUCAUUUUUGACUUAACUAAUCAUGUUUAAAUCCUUAUUAGUUUUUUAUUUUGCUAUAUAAUGUUUCAUUUAUAACUUAUUAGUUUUUUUUUUUCUUUGUACAUAUAUACUUUUUUGUACGUUUUAUUUUUAGUUUUUAAGUCGAAGUUUUUGUUUUUUUCGUUUCUUUUUUCUUUCUUUUUUUUCAUACUGUUUACGUUAUAGAACACAACAAGGGUUUUUAUAUUAUACUAUUAUAAUGAAAAAAAGACAAAAAAAAUUGUAAAAUGUGAAAAAGAAGAAAAAAAUUAAAUACAUUGCCUUUAACGGGA